GUAGCCGAGUGAGAGAACUGACAUUUGGCGCUUGGAGGAUUACCGUUGCAAAAGUCGCUUCACGAUUGAAGUAAAAUGCCAGGAUUUUUUUUUCCCCACAACAACAUGACUGAAUUAAAUGGAAAAGAGGACUGCAAGCUUGCAGAAGGCAAAAUCCAUAAAAAGAAGCAAAAGGCUUUUGGUGCAGAUCUCAAAAAUUAUUUGAAGUGCAUGGUACCACAUAUUGAAUCUGGGAUCAAGACUUCCAACUCCCGAAACGUCAUGCUUUCAGCAGAGGAAGUAAUACAGUGGUCCCAGUCUUUAGAAAAGCUCUUGGCCAGCCAAAGUGGUCAAGGUGUCUUUCGGGAGUUCCUGAAGUCAGAAUUCAGCGAGGAAAACAUUGAGUUCUGGUUGGCUUGCGAGGAUUACAAGAAAACUAAGUCUGAUCACUUACAUGGCAAAGCAGAGAGGAUUUAUGAGGAGUUUGUUCAGUCAGAUGCUAUUAAACAGAUCAAUAUUGACUAUCAGAUGAGGGAAGCAACUGCCAAAAGGGCUCAAGACCCAACUCACACAAGUUUUGAUGAAGCCCAGAAAAGCGUGUACAUCCUCAUGGAAAGGGAUUCAUAUCCCAGAUUUUUGAAAUCCAAAGCCUACCUGAACCUUUUGAACCAGCUGCAAACCAACACUUCAAAAUGAAGUGUUUGAGGCAGUGAAGAGCCAAGUAGACUCUGUGUCAAAUAUCCUGUGGACAGAUCCUUCAGGGUGGUUGGAUCUUGGCAAGUAGAACCCCUACCUUGGGAGGAGGGGUGCGAGGGAGAUGCGAACAGCUUCACAGCCAAGAGAACGCAGGAUAAAACGUGGCAAGACUGUUAUAAGGAUGAGAGUAGCACAGGGAGAACAUCCUCUCCUCCCACAUGCCACGGAGUCAAGACAGGAUAUGGAUAUUAUUUAUUGUUUGAAACACACUGUGAACAUUGAACAAAGUCUUAGAUCCCAAAGAACUGCUGAUUAUUAGGAAGUGCAAGACUAGCAAGCUGAGUGUUGGGAAAAGAUUAUCAAGUUCAGAAGAAAAGGAUGACUGACAAUUUUGUGCAUAACAAGAAAAUACUCAGACAAGACUGAUUAAUGGCUUUUGUUUAAUCUGUGAAGUGUUAAUAAGCGUGAGUGCAGCUCCACAAUACUAUUCUGCUAUGUAAAUAUAUGAUAAAUUGACAUGUCUUAAAAAUGGAUGUAUUUUAAAUUAUAUAAGAACUGUAUAAGCUGUUACUUUUACUAUGUUUGUAUUCCCCAAGCAGGUAUGUAGCACCUUUUCUGUUUAAUUUAUUGCAAAAUAAUAAGCAACUCUUCAAUCAAAUCUACUUAAAAAAUAAAGUUUUAUGGUCAUUUCACAUCUGAA